AUGUCUUUGGAACCAAUCCCCCAGCCGCCGACGUACCUGUAUGGUAUGUUGGCGAACCUGCCAGAAAUCGAUCCAUCGUUUCCUCUCAGCUCUUUCUGGAGACUCCACGCUCUCUAUGGACCGAUAUUCCAACUCGACCUGAUAUCCAGGAAGGUCAUUGUGGUUUCCAACUACGAGCUUGCGCACGAGGUCAUGGACGAUGAGAAAUUCGAAAAGGCCAUCACGGCGGGCUUGAAGGAGUUGCGUGCUUUAAACAAAGAUGCGCUCUUCACCGCAUAUCCCCAUGAACCUGCAAGUUACAUAUUUCCAAAUCCAAUACUGGCCUUCGACACAAUCGGACUCUGCGCCUUCAACUACCGGUUCAACGACUUCUACGCCGAGCACAUGCAUCCAUUUGCCAACCAGAUGGCCGCGGUCCUGCUCGAGAGCGGCAAGCGGGCCAACCGGACGCAGAUGGAGACCAAGCUGCGCCUGUGGUCCAACAAGCAAAUGCAAGACAACAUCCACGCCAUGCACAAGCUCUGCGACGACAUCGUCGCGGAGCGCAAAGCCAACCCGGACCCGGGCGUCAACGACCUGCUCAACACGAUGCUCAACACGGCCGACCCGGUCACGGGCGAGAAGCUCGACGACGAGAACAUCCGCAACCAGAUGGUGACGUUUCUGAUCGCAGGCCACGAGACGACGAGCGGCACGCUGUCCUACCUCUUCUACAACCUGCUCAAGAACCCGGAAAAGCUCCACAAGGCGCAGCAGGAGGUCGACGCCGUGCUGGGCGACGACGCGAUUGCCGUCAAGCACCUCGACAAGCUCAAGUACGUCGACGCCUGCCUCAAGGAGACGCUCCGCCUCAACGGGCCCAUCGGCCAGGUCCAGCGCCGCGCCAAGCACGACACGGUGCUCGGCGGACGGUACCAGAUCUCGGCCGACCACGCCAUCGUCAUCAACCUCCGCGGCCUGCACAGCGAUCCCGCCGUCUGGGGCGAGGACGCGGCCGAGUUCAAGCCCGAGCGCAUGCUGCAUAUGGACAAGCUGCCGCCGGACGCGUGGAAGCCGUUUGGCAUCGGCAUGCGGAGCUGCAUUGGCAGGGCUUUCGCCGAGCAGGAGAUGCUGAUCAACGUCGCGCUCAUCCUGCAGCGCUUCCAGGUCGAGAUGGCGGACCCCAGCUACGUCCUCGUCAACAAAAGCACCCUCACCAUCAAACCCGACAAAUUCUUCAUCAAAGUCCGCCGCCGCCCAUCCAAGGGCCCGAUGGUCGGCCUAUCCGCCAUGGGCGGCGCGACGCAGAAAACCCGCCAAGACUCCGUCCACGGCGUCCACCCCUCCUCGCAGCCUAUGCAGAAGAUGACGAUCCUAUACGGCUCCAACGCCGGCACGUGCAAGGCCUUCGCCGAGGACCUCCAGACGCACGCGCCGGGCUUCGGCUUCGACGCCGACGUCAUGACGCUCGACCAAGGCACCGAGAACAUCGCCAAGGACCAGCCGGUCGUGAUGAUUACCUCGAGCUACGAGGGCAAGCCGCCGGAUAACGCGGCGAAGUUUGUGGCGUGGCUGCAGAGCGGGGACGCGCCGUCGUUCGAGGGGGUGCGGUACGCGGUGUUUGGCGUGGGGAAUAGCGAGUGGGUCUCGACGUACCAGCGCAUCCCGAAGCUGGUGGAAGGGCAGAUGAAGAAGGGGGGCGGGAAGGCGAUGGUCGAGCCGUGCUGGGCGGACGUGAAGCAGGACUGCAUGAACGACUGGGAGAACUGGACGGAGAAGUUGUGGAAGGGUCUGCAGGCUGAGAGCGGGGGCGGAAAAGUGCAGACGCAGACGGCGGCGCUGAGGGCGGAGGUGAUUAAGCAUGACAUCCCCACGAUUUUGGGCGGGAAGGAGAUGUCUUGGGGAGUGGUCAAGAGCGCGCGGUCGCUGGGGGGCAAGGAGGUUGGGCUCGAGAAGCGGGAGGUCGAGAUCGAGCUGCCGCACGACACGCACUACUCCGCUGGUGAUUACUUCGUCGUUCUGCCGCUGAACCCGCGGGAGACGGUCGCGCGGGUGCUGCACCGCUUCGGCCUGCACCCCGACGACAUGAUAUCCAUCUCCGACACGCGCAAGACCUUCCUCCAAUCCAAAGACCCCAUCGGCGCCCAAAUGUUCUUCUCCCACCGCGUCGAGCUCAACGCGCCCCCGACCCAACGCCAACUCGCCACCAUCCUCGCCAGCACCACCUCCCCCUCGGAGCGCAAAUCCCUCCAAUCCCUCUCCUCCCCCGCCCACUACCGCGCCUCCGUCGUCGCCAAAAACUACUCCACCCUCUCAAUCCUCGAAGACCACCCCUCCGCACACCUGCCGCUGGCCGCCUACAUCGACACGCUCAAACCCCUCGCCCCGCGGCAGUACAGCAUCGCCUCCUCCCCGCUGGCCGCGCACCGCUUCGACGCGGAGAAGAACACGUAUUCGCUCUCGCUCAUCUACGACGUGCACGUCGCGCCGGCGUGGGAUGGGGGCGACAGGACGUUUCGCGGCGUCGCGUCGAGUUAUCUCGCGGGGUUGGCGCCGGGGGAUCGGAUUCACGGGUUUGUGCGGAAGACGAAUAACGCUGCGUUUAGGCUGCCGGGCGAUGGGAAGCCGGUUAUUAUGGUUGCGGCGGGGUCCGGGAUCGCGCCGAUGCGCGGGUUCGUGGAGGAGAGGAUUGCGUUGGCGAGGGCGGCGGAGGAGGGUGGAGGCGGCGGCGGCGGUGCCGAGGGGAAGGGGACGGGCCAGAAUAUGAAGAAGAAGUUGCCGCCCGCGCUGCUGUACUUCGGGUGCCGCGACUUCGAGAAGGAUUUUAUUUGCAAGGACGAGCUGCUGGCGGCGGAGAAGGCGGGGGUGGUGGGGAUGCGGUCGACGUUUUCGAAGCGCGGGCCGGAGGCAGAGGGGAAGGGGGGUGGAGGGGUCAAGUAUGCGUACGAAAGGAUGUGGAAGGAGAGGGAGGAGUGUUUGGAGUUGUUCAGGGAUGGCGCGAAGAUUUUGUUGUGCGGGAGUGCGGGGAAGUUGGCGAGGUCGACGGCGGAGACGUUGAAGAAGGUUUGGUUGGAGAGGAAUGAGGGGAAGACCGAGGAGGAGGCCGAGGAGUGGUUGGAGCGGCAGAAGGAGGAUCGGUAUGUUACGGAUGUUUUUGAUUAG